AUGGCUUCAUACACGGAGUCGGAGCCGGUGUUCACCAACCGAUGUGAGACCGUUGGCCUAGGCGGUGAGGCCCUGACCAAAUUGAAGGCGCUGCGUCAGAUUCCGAGCUCAGAAGCACUUGGGAAGGAGAGUGAUGCAGGCCAGAAAGCAUCCUGGCGCAGGCUAUUCCAUGAAGCUUAUGCCGUGGCUACUCAAGAGCUUAAGACGAUGGCCGAGCGGCCAGAUGAGCCAGGGCCAAGGCGUCUGUCACAGCCAGAGAGAGCGGAGAGGUACCGAAUGAUCAAGGCAUCUGUUUCAGGGAUCGAUAUCAAGGAUCGGAACGAGCCGAGCGAUGCAUUGCUGGACUUGUGUGUGGGCAUCUACGAAGGGAAUCGCUUUCGCUAUGUUUCUUGGGAUCGUUGCACAUCCAAGUCCCAGGAGCUCUCGAGUGAGGCGAAGCGUGACAGCAUGCUCACUGUGGAUUCCCAGGGGCGCUUGAAGGCUGAAGCUAAGAGCGAUCACAUUAAAGCUGACACGAGUUCGGAGAUUUUGUUGCAGUUCGCACUCUUGCGAAGAGGUCUUGCAUUGGAAAUGUCGAACUUGCUCGACUUUCGUUUGCAUCGCAGGUGGGCCGAAAAAUUGAUAGAGACAAGGAUGGCCGCCCAACUCGACACGCAUUCGCAAGUGUCUUUCGCCCAAUUGGAGGCGUCGGACCAGAAGUUCUUCCAGGAAUUAGCGGACAGGACUCGCGAUGGAGUCCAGGCCACCGCCCUCGGUCGCCCGUUGGACGACUGCUUCGACGAAGUUUUCAAUUUGCCAGAGGUCACGCAUGUGAUGCAGCCGCUGCCUAAGCCUAGCGGUCGUGUGGAGCCACCUCCGAAGCCGCGCUGGAGCCCGUAUGAUCGUCCCUCAAAGGGUGGUCGGAAAGGCAAGAGCCCAGGCACAGGUAAAAGCACGCCAAGGAUGCCCAGGGAGCUUGUUGGCUGCAAGGCAUGCACCAAUCGGGGCGACCCAAUCUGUUUUGGGUAUGGCUUGAAAACUUGCUCUGAGCAAGUGAAGGGCGGUCGCUGCCCAAAGGGGCUGCACGUAUGCGCCGUGGGUCAAGAUGAGAUGGCGGCGAUGCCAUCAGUGAAGGGAAGUGGGCAGCUCGGAGUGGGCUCGCCCAAGCGAGCGCGGUCAAGGGACCGUGCUACCGCACAAGCUGUUGAUUCGGCCGAGGGGUCGGAUUCUGAAUCCUCAAUUUUCGCUGCUGAGCAAGUAGCUGCAGAGCCUAUACUUUGUAAAGAUCCUGAGCAAUUUUCUGCUGCCGCAUCACUUAAGAAGCCUUUAGAUCUCAGAGAUGUCGUGACCUUGUGUGAUUUGCUGGAGAGUGAAAUCCCGGCAAGAGGGAACAAUUCUGAUGACGAGUUCAGCUGGAGCACAGGGGCGUAUGUGCAUGGAGGUGUUCACGGAUGCCGACAACAUAUGCAUCAGUUCCCAGUGACCUCCGCAUUCCUUGCGAAGGUCUUCAAGGAAUACCACCCGAGGCUUCCAGUGACAUCAUUGUCUUUGACUCGCAAUGUGCGAACAGCCUUGCAUCUGGAUGCAAACAAUGCAUUGUGCUAUCUGAACGGCUUGAUUAAGGUUUCGGGGUUUAGGGGAGGGGGUUUGUGGGUCCAGGACGCAAGCGGGGACACCGUGUGCCCCACCGAUCCUUCUCUUCUGGGCUCACACCUCGACUUCAGAGACUCCACUCUUGCCUUUGAUCCGCAUAAGAAGCACCUUACAUUGCCUUGGACGCAGGGCCCACGUAUCGUUCUAAUCGGUUUUGUGGUCAAAGCCACCGCUGAGAUUCCAGAUCAAGAUGCCGAGAUGCUGCUUCGAGCCGGUUUCAAUUUGCCAUGUCAAGAUACAGCGACUUCUCUGUGUCAGCUUGGAUCGCAUAGUACCUUCUCUGGACUGUCUUCAAGAUCCUUAGUCCCGAAGGCAAAGAGCUCCCGCGGAGCUCCUCUUGCGAUCCAACUUUGCGCCGGGUCAGGCCUUCUGUCAGCUUCCGUCAAAGCUGCAAACAUAGACACUUUGGCGGUUGAUUUUCACGGGAAUCGAUCUAGGCCUUAUGUGCAUGUUGUCGGCCUCGAUCUUACGUUGCCAGCCUCUUGGGAGUACUUGACGACCGUUCUUGAAACCAGACAAGUUGUUCAUGUACAUGUGACUCCCCCAGCUGGGACCACGCGACGAUCGCGUGCAAAGCAGUCGCUUCGAAGUGCUUCCCACCCGUGGGGUGUGCCAGGUCAGGAUUCGUCUGUGUUGGCUCGUCUCCAGUCGGCCAACCGCAUCUUUAUUCAGCUGGGAGCCUUUUUGCUUCGGGCUCGGGAACUUGGGGUGGCGUUCUCGCUUAUGCACCCCAUGUCCUCUUGGCUUUGGGAGCUGCCUCCCUUCGCCGACCUGCUCAAGGUCUCUUCUGAGGUACCAGUGUAUCUGAUGUCUGACUUGCACAGGCUCCAGCAUUUUCGCUUAGUGUACACCUUGUGUGACCUGUCAUCGCUUGCCGCGGCUGACAGAACCGAUGCCAUGACGCAGAAACUCUUCUGUGAUCGUUUUGCUGCUGCCUUGUCCACUCAGGUUGCUGCCUCGGGUUUAGGCCCCUCCCCUCUUAGGCUCCCCGAGGUCCGUGCUGCGGCGCAAAACCAACCGAAGGCAUCCAAGCUGCCACCGCUUGUGCCAGAGUUUGCCUACACGCAACGUUUGACGUGUGAAGGCCCUCCACCUUUGGAUGCCAAGAAGCAGCUCACGCAUCCGUGGAAUGGCGUUCCCAAACAUGCCCGCCUCCUGCGCUCUUCCACUUCCGAAGGGGGGGCGACUGAGGAAUCCGCGCAGCAAGCGACCAACAUCUCUUCGCAGAAGCCUCGCCAUACUGAGUAUGUGUUCGGUGUGUAUCGCGAGCCGGUGCAAUUUGUGUAUCAGGCUGUCGCACUUCAGCAUCCGUUUGAUGCCGCCAGAGCUCUUCCGGAUAAGCUUGUUCGUGUGCUCUUUGCCACGUUGACCAAAGGUCCCUUAUGCAUCAUGCGAAACAGGUUACUCCUGCUGCAAAAGUGGAAUCAGUGGGCAAAGGACCUUCGCUCAGAUGAGGCCUCUCUCCAGGCCUCCCUGCAUCCUUCGGUCCGCAAGGUUCUUCAGGGAAAGAAGCUGCUCCUUCUUGACAAGAUUGCAAGAUCACUUGACUGGCCCGACAAACACCUGCAUCGUGACCUGUGUGCAGGGUUCAAGUUGUCAGGUGUUCCUGAUCCUACAGGUGUUUUUGAGCCGGACCACAAGCCUGCCUUGUCUUCAGAGGAGCAAUUCUGGGACGCUGCCGAAGUUUUGAAGCAUCAGCUUUGGGCACGGGUGAGGGAGCAGCCGGCUCAGGAGUACGACGCGGAGCUGGCCGAAAUCACACUGGGCGAAACCGAUGUAUCUGGAGGAAAAGGAUGGCUCGAGGGUCCUUUGUCAUUCUCUGAGCUCCAGGAUCGCUUUAAAGGCCAGUGGAUGCCGUGCCGAAGGUUCGCUGUAUGGCAAAACAAGUGGAGGCCCAUCGAUGAUCUUAGCGAGUCGGGGCUCAAUGCAACAUUUGGCUGCCAUGAGAAGAUUCCGCUUAGGGCUUUGGACGAGGUGGUCUGGAUUUGCACAAAGAUAAUGCAGGCUGCCUCUGCUAGGGGCGAUGUCACGUUGCAACUGAGCUCGGGCGAAUCCUUGAAAGGCAAGCUGCAUGAACAUUGGGCCGACAAGGAGAAGAUCAGACCUGUCACUACAACAUUUGAUCUUAAAUCCGCUUACAAACAGCUUCCUCUUGCACCGGAGGAGCAAAGUAAGGCGAUAGUCACCAUUCGACAUCCGUCGCAGACCGAGCCGUCCGGCUACAUAUGCCACACUCUUCCUUUCGGAGCCUGUGGAUCUGUUCUUCACUUCAACAGAGUCUCGGCUCUGCUGAGAAGGAUUAUGCUUGAGAUGGAGAUCUUGACGGCGCUCUACUAUGACGACUAUCCAGUAGUGUCGCCAUGCCUCCUUGGCAACAGCACGGCAGCAGCCUUCACUUCAGUAAUGCGCCUUUUGGGGUUUAGGAUUGCUGAUGAUAAGGAUAAGCCUUUUUCGACGCGCUCGGAAACUUUGGGAGUUGUCAUAGACACGUCGGCUGAAGAUAUGUCGGGCGUGUCUGUGUGCAACAAACCUUCGAGGUCGCAGGCCAUCGCCGUUGCCAUUGAGGAGAUUAUCACCAGAGGGCACGUUGCACCUCGUGAGUUGCCUUCUUUGUUCGGCAGACUUCAGUUCGCCGAGGCACAGAUCCUUGGCAGGAUGGGCAGGUUGGCAAUUCACGAUCUCAGAAGCCUUGAGAGGUCUUCUGCUGCGCGCGUCAACCUCACAGCUCAGCAUCUUGAAGCUUUGUUGCUCUUGAAGGAGCGCGUUGUGUCCGGAGCUCCGAGAAAUGUGUCCGCUUCAGUUGCGACCAGUCCUAUCGUGAUCUUCACUGACGGCUGCUUCGAGCCGGAUGCUGCGAACCCCGCUGGGGUGGGGGGUGUAAUGUUCGCUCCUUCGUCUGGUGGAGGCUUGAAGGUAAGGGCCUUUGGCUCGCUUGUUCCAAAGACGCUGCUUGAAGCAUGGCACGCCAGGGGCAAGCGACACCUCAUAGGCCAGGUUGAGAUGUUCGCUGUCAUCAUUGCCAGGUCGUGGUGGGCAAACGUCCUGGACGGUGCCAGGGUCAUUUAUUUCGUGGAUCACAGCGGUGUGCUUGCCGCCUGCAUAAGCGGAUCCUCCAAAGAGGAUACAUGGAGAAAGCUUUUGUGCGCAUUCGAGAAAGCUGAUUCGCUGCCUGCCAUGCAGUGGUUCAGCCGUGUUCCCUCACACUCGAAUAUCUCUGAUGGACCGUCGAGAGGUCGCUGGGAGGGCCUUUUGAGAGCUUUCCCGGAGUGCGUGAUUGAUGAUCCUUGUUGCCCUUUGACAGGGACAAUGCUUCAGCGCUUCGUUUAG